AUGUUAUGGAAGGAGAAUGAGGUGGCUACUCAUGCUGGUUUCUCAAACAACCAUAUUAAUGUUACUGUUAAAAUGGAAAGGAGUGGUGUUUGGCUUUUUACUGGUUUAUAUAGAGAACCAAACCGUAAUCUAAGACAUAAAAUAUGGUCGUUGAUUCGUGAUUUGGCUGCCUUUGUCAAGGGCCCUUGGUGUGUUAUGGGCGAUGUGAAUAAUGUCUGUAGGGUAAAUGAUAAAAAAGGUGGGCGUCCUUAUCAUGCAGCUCUUAUUCAAGUUUCUAAUGAUGCUCUUUGGACUGACAAUUGGGUGGAAGUGCGCCUUUAUCGUGCAUUGGUCAACCAAGAGUGGUUAUCGUGCUUCUCUAUGGCUAAACUCUAUAAUCUUGAGGAGAAACUAUUAUUUUGUGGUGAGAAUCUGGCAAUUUGGGGUUAUGAUAUUUUGGGUAAUCUUAAGAACCAAAUUGUUGUGUGCAAGAAGGAAAUCAAAAAGCUGAAAAAUAAGAGAGAUGUUGUUUCGUGCCAAUUAUUUAAAGAAGCUAAUGAUCAGUUGAUUAAGUUUCUUGGGAUGAAGGAGUCUUACUGGCGUCAAAGAUCAAAACAACUGUGGCUUAAAGAAGGAGAUCAAAAUAUCAAAUAUUUUCAUGCAUCGGCAAGUGCCAUGAGACGAAACAAUUAUAUUACAAACCUCUGCAAUAAUGAUGGUGAAUUGGUCGAUUGGGAUAGCGGUUUAUCAGAGGUAAUGGCUGACUAUUUUCAUGAUUUAUUUUCUUCCUCUAAUGUGGAUUUGGAAAAUGUGGUUGACGGAGUUCGUUGUUCUGAUACUACUGAACAGAAUAAUGAUCUUCUCUUGCAUGUUAGUGUUGAGGAAAUUUGA